CAUCGCGCAGUUUUUGCUCUGGUUUCCCCACGUUCAGCCUUUCCCCCCGUCAACUGCCGCCAUGUUUUUUUGAGGCAGGAUGACAGCAGAGAGCGAGCGUAGACGAAGACGGAUAUAAUACUGAUAAAAACCCGUCGUUUUACAGCAUUUUUUUCCGACCAGGCGACGGUCUAUUUUUUAUCGCGGACUCGCGAGGAACUAAUUUCUCGGUAUAUUUGCAAAUACCAAUGGCUGAAUUGUAGUAUUUUGUUUUCCUAUGGCGUAGGCACAUUUUUCCUAAUAUAUAUCCUUGUUUAUUUCAGGAUGGGAGGGAGUCCUCCCACAUAAAUAUAACAUCCAGAAAUUAGUAUUUUCUCCGUUUUGAAGCUUAUGCCAUGCGUUUAACUAACGUUACCUCUACCAGCGAGCCUACAGGAAUAACCAGACUAGUGAUCUCUGCAUUAGCAACUGCUUUACCACAAGCCACCUGCUGUUUCUAAAGCAAACUGAAGGAAGAAAAACAACUUUUAAUCUAAAGUGAGGAUACGACAGAAAAUAUUUCAAAGAUGACGGGCAACGUCCCAGUUGACAUGAUCAACUUGAGGCUCAUCUUGGUGAGUGGAAAAACAAAAGAGUUCCUGUUCUCGCCAAACGACUCCGCGGCCGACAUCGCCAAGCAUGUGUACGACAACUGGCCAAUGGACUGGGAAGAGGAGCAAGUGAGCAGUCCAAACAUCCUGCGCCUCAUCUACCAGGGCCGAUUCCUACACGGCAAUGUGACGCUAGGAGCUUUAAAACUGCCUCUCGGAAAAACCACAGUGAUGCAUUUAGUUGCCAGAGAGACGCUGCCUGAGCCAAAUUCCCAAGGUCAGAGGAACCGGGAAAAGACUGGAGAGAACAACUGUUGUGUGAUCCUGUAAAUACAUCCCUUCAUCCCUCAGAACGAGUGUGUCCUGUCACCCUUCGCCCAUGCUGCUUAAACACAACUAAUCACACCUGACUCCCACGAGCACCUAACCAGAACAAGAGAUUAACUUCACCUGUAAAGGAAAGAAUCACCUGAGAGAGAGGGCGAGACACGGAUCAGAGAACAUUUUGGCUUUGCAUAGACCAUAUUUAAGCCAAAAAAUCUGAAAAGAAAAUACAUCCCACCUUCACACACACAUUUCCACCCUUUCUAACACCUUCACGUGCAUCCAUGAACUCCAACAGACCUGUAACUCAUUCAGACACACACACACACACACACACCUCCCCUUCUGCCAGUUUGCACAUGGAGGAGGCCCUCGUUUCUGUUUUUUAUUGCACAUAGUUACAUGAAUGAUUCAGUGAGGAAAAUGAGACUCGUUUGCCUCAGCCGAGGCGCUUGAUUCUUCCUCUCAGGAGGGAGAUGUGUGAGGGGGGAAAUAAAUUUACACAGGGUCUGACGAACUUUUCACAUUUAUCGACUCGCCACGCGCUCACCCGGCUUGGCUCGGAUCUGGUGUGGAGGUGGAAAGGCAUGCCGUCGCCUACAUCUGAAAUAAUAGCACUCGCGUCACCGACGGAUUAACCUCCGCUACAGUCGCCCUCCUGGACUGUUUUCGUCAAAUGCUAAUCUCCACACAUAGUCUUGUUGAUUUCAGCGCAGGAGAAUAAGUAUUGAUGUGCCUGAUGAAUGUUUUAGAAAUGUUUAUUAUACAUUUCCGUGCAUUUUAAAUGCCCCAUUAAUGUUUUGGAGAUCCAGUGUCCUGCUUUAACAAGUUCCUGUACCCCAGAAGUGCUUGAUUUUAGCCGGUUCAGGUGUGUUUGAGCACAGUCGGGACUUUGCAGGUAGAUCUCCAGAAGUUGGUUGGAUUCACUCGUGGAAAGUCUAAAAUAUGUGUAAUGAGUAACGGUAACAUUUGCGACUGUGUUUUGACAGUCAAUCAGUGUUGCCUGCCCUCUUUAGAUAGAUCUGAGCUGCUCUCUUUCAGGAAGGGUAAUAAGAUUUAUCCCUUUAAUUUUUAAGUGUAGUGGUGCAAAUUAAUGCUUGCUUUUGGAGCCAGAAGAUAGCUAUGAAAUGAAGUUUGGCUCGGUUUCUAUUUCCCCUUCCUUGUUAGAUAUAAAAUUUGUUUGCACAACACAUAAACAUGAGCUGUUUCGUUUCUAAAUCGGUGUAAUAUUUCUUUCCCCUCCUCCCUUUUUAAUAUUUUUCCAAAUGGGAAUUGUAUUCGAAGGUUACAUAUGUGUAGAGUAUAUUUAAUAUGAAUCUUAUAGAGAACAUAACUAUAGAUUGUUGAUAUAUAUAUUGGUGUUUAGUGUAUGAUAGUCUCAAAACAGUUAGCACAUUAGCAUUUGGAGCAGUGACAGUUUCAUGUACUUUAAUAGCAGCAAAUCCCUCUCUAAUGGCUGAAGAAAUUACUGUUCUCUUAUUUUUUUCUUCAAAUGUUCAUAAUUUGAUAUGUUUUUUUCUUCCUUUUUCUUUUUAUGUGGUCUUUGCUUUUUGCUUUUUUAACACCGCACUAGGUCUGAAAAAUAUUGGUCCUUAUCAGGGUUCAAAUACAUACUGUACAGAGCUGAAGUUUUUAAAAAGAUUGUAAAUAAACUAAUGCUUCUCAUUCUCUAAAUUACAAAUGCAAAUACAUCUAUAAACUGAAUAAAGAAUCCAGAAUAUUGAAGUGAAA